AUGAGCGACGAGGAGGACCAGCAGAGGCAGGCGGCGAGGUUCCAGGCCCCCGAGGGCGAGGACGCCGAGGCGUGGGCCCUCCAGUCCGUCGCGGGUGUGCUUCAACGAGUGCAAGAGGCUCCGGGAGACGAAGUGAGUGUGGAGGCGCUGGUGCGGCAGUUGGAGCGGCUGCCGAGAGAGGCGCGAGCACACCAGCUUGUGCGUUUGCUGCUUGAGACUCGAGAGGAGUCGAUCCCAAAAGAGGCCGUGUUGGGGAUUUGGGGCAAGCUUGUCGCGGGGAAUAAAGCAAAGGGUGGGUCCUCAGGUGGCCAGAAGUCGAGAGCCAAGAGCGCAGCUAGCAUCCCCAUCAUUCGAAGUCGGUUGCUCGAGUCCAAACGAAAGCAGGCUGAGUGCGACCUCAAGUUACUGCAGAACCGAAUAUCACUGCUGCAGCACGAAGAGUCGAAGGCAUGGAAAAAGAUCGCGCAGACGAAAGAUCGAGCUCAAGAAAUCCUCGAAAUGCGUCUAGCUAGCUUGCAACGCCAGGAAGAGAAGUCAAUACACGCAGUCGAACGCGAACGGCAGUCUCGUACGGCACAAAAGAAGCAGCACAGCCUCAAAAAGGAGUCGGUGAUCAAGAAAAAGCACGCUGCCAUUCAAGUAAUCUCAAAGAAGUAUCAGGACGUUGAACAGGUGAAGACUGAGAGCAAGCGGCUGAAGGCGGAGCGUGAACGAUUGCAGUUGUUGCAAGUGGAGCGGGCACGAGCAAAGCGACAGGCCAUUCGAAGACAAGAAGAUGCACUGAAGAAGAAGAAAUUGUUGGAUCGCCAACAUGUGGACGAGGAAGCAGCUCUGCGGUUAAUGAAGAAGGCCAUCGCAGAGGAGCGACAGAUCCGAGAGCACCGUAAAAAGGUGCAAGAGAUGGAGGAGGCAGAACGGGCCUUGAUCCAGCGGUUGCAAGGAACCCAACUUAUUCAGAGAGAAGCGUAUUCAGUUCUCGAACAGGCUCUACUGCGAACAGAUCUAAAGCGUGCACAUUCCGUUGCCCCGUUGGGCGAAAGGUAA